AUGCCGUUUGACUUUGUCAGAACAAACCGAUUCGCAAAGCCCCCCUUCACCCUGGGAGAUCUGCGCCGAGCCAUCCCCCCCCACUGUUUCCAGCGCUCCCUCCUGCGCUCCUCCGCCUACCUCCUUAUCGAUCUCGCCUUCGCCGCCUUAUUCCUCUACGCCACCACGCGCUUCGACGACAUCCACCAACUCGUAGAUCCGGCCGUUGAAUCGCGCCUCCCGGCGCAUCUCCAGCCGUACGUUCGGCCGGCGGUGUCGGUGAUCCUGUGGGGGCUGUACACGUGGCUGCAGGGGUGCGUGUGCACGGGCCUGUGGGUGAUCGCGCACGAGUGCGGCCAUGGCGCGUUUUCGGACUACGCGUUUGUGAAUGACACGGUCGGCAUGGUGGUGCACUCCUGGCUGCUCGUGCCUUACUUCUCCUGGAAAUACAGCCAUCGCCGUCACCACAGCAACACGGGCAGCCUGGAGAAUGACGAGGUACGUGUAUGUGCUGCACGUAGGGAGCAGCUGGGGCCAGUGUCGGAGUACCUGCAGCACCCCUUUGGGCGCGUGCUCUCCAUCCUCGUGUUUGUGCCGGCGCGAAGGGAGCAGCUGGGGCCAGUGUCGGAAGUGUUUGUGCCGGCGAGAAGGGAGCAGUUGGGGCCAGUGUCAGAGUACCUGCAGCACCCCUUAGGGCGCGAGUGUGUGAGCGUGCCUGUUCCAACACUUUUCUGUUAUCUAACCUUCAUGCCCACGCCAGGUGUUUGUGCCAGCGAGAAGGGAGCAGCUGGGGCCAGUGUGUUUGUGCCGGCGAGAAGGGAGCAGCUGGGGCCAGUGUCAGAGUACCUGCAGCACCCUUUUGGGCGCGUGCUCUCCAUCUUCAUCACGCUCACCCUUGGCUGGCCGCUCUAUCUCGCCUUCAACGUGUCGGGCCACGAGUACAAGGGCGUGCAUGCCAACCACUUCAGCCCCUACUCGGGAUUUUCUGCGAUCGGGAGCGGUUCUGGGUGGUUCACACGCACCCCGCCCUACGAUGCCGUACAACUGUGCCCCUUCCCCGCCCCCGCCCUUUUCCUUCACCUUAAUUCCUUCGCCCUCUCUCCGUUGCAGGUGUAUGUUUGCCCUCUCCUCAUAGUGAACAUGUUCCUGGUGCUCAUCACGCUGCUGCAGCACACGCACCCCGCCCUGCCACACUUCGACUCGACCGAGUGGGAGUGGCUGCGAGGGGCGCUCGCCACUGUCGACCGCGACUACGGCUACCUCAACAUCGUGCACCAUCACAUCGCGGACACCCACGUGGCGCAUCACAUAUUCUCCACCAUGCCGCACUACCAUGCGGAGGAGGCCACCCGAGCCAUCAAGCCAAUCCUAAAGGAUUACUACCAGUUUGACGGCACUCCCAUCGUGAAAGCCCUCUGGCGGGAGGUGUCACAGUGCGUCUGUGUGAGUACCUACCAACCCUUCUGA